GGACUCCAGACGUUUAACAUAUCAGUACUUCAAAGUGCUAGACAUUCAAUCAGGUGGCAUAAUUCAGCUAUAGGCCUCAGUCAGAGCUCUUCACCCUAAUAUCUCCCUUGAUUAUGAUGUAUCCUCAAUUGGACAAUAAACAUGACUGGUUAAAGCAUACAGAUGCUUGCAACGCACUCUUAACCUCUGUGCAACAUGACACUAUUCUGUGGUCUACAGAUGAAGCAUAUUUUCACGUCUCCGGAUCAGUAAAUACAGGAAGUGCAGAUCCAGUCGACCAUACAGUAGUAAGCCAUUCCUUAAUGGCGUCGCAUAGGUUCAUCAGAAAGCCAGUCAUGAUGAUUCAAACCAAACCACCUAAAAGAGGUUUAAAAGUUGAAUUUUUCAGCGUUUUGCUUCCACGCUCAUAUCUUGAAAACAAUGCAUUCAACCGACAUAGCUAACAAUUCAAAAAUGAAGCUUAAUACAUUCU